GCGUGACAGCUCCGCCUCCCCGACUCUUUCAAGAACGAGGCAGAUCACCUCCAGACACCAGGAAACCCACUGGAUCAAAUCUGGGCGAAGACAAUCCCUCCGCACCACUUUGAGCGCGGAUUAAUCUAAAGACAACUAGUUCUACUCCGUCUACUACAUUUGCUGACAGGAAGACAUGGCUGCUCAGUGUGUGACCAAGGUGGAGCUCACGGUGUCCUGCGACAAUCUCCUGGACAGAGACAUCGGCUCCAAAUCUGACCCCCUGUGCGUCCUUUUGAUGAGCAGCUCUGACUCCCAGUGGUAUGAGAUGGGACGCACAGAAAGAGUGCAGAACUGCCUCAAUCCAAAGUUUGCCAAAAAGUUUGUCAUCGACUACUACUUUGAAAUAGUCCAGAAGCUGAAGUUUGGGAUUUACGACAUCGAUAACAAGACAGUUGACCUGAGUGAUGACGACUUCCUUGGGGAGCUGGAGUGCACCCUGGGUCAGGUUGUUUCCAGUAAUAAACUGACCCGACCGCUGGUGCUGAAGAACAACAAGCCAGCUGGAAAGGGGACGAUCACUAUCAUUGCAGAGGAAAUAAAAGACAACCGGGUGGCAAAGCUUGAGGUGGAGGCAAGAAAGCUGGAUAACAAAGAUUUCUUCGGGAAGUCAGAUCCCUAUUUAGAGUUUUACAGACAAACAGGAACCGGGUGGCAGCUGGCCCACAGGACAGAGGUGGUGAAGAAUAACUUGAACCCAACAUGGAAGCCGUUUAAAAUCCCGCUGCAGUCGCUGUGUGGAGGAGACCUGGAGAAACCCAUUAAAGUGGAGUGCUACGACUACGACGACGACGGCUCGCACGAUUUGAUUGGAUCCUUCGAGACGACGAUGAAACGACUCCAGGAUGCCACUCGAACCUCUCCGGCAGAGUUUGAAUGCAUCAACAGCAAAAAGAAACAGAAGAAGAAAGGCUACCGUAACUCUGGUAUUGUGAGCGUGAAGUUUUGCCAGGUUUUGAAGGAGUAUACAUUCCUGGAUUAUAUAAUGGGAGGCUGUCAGAUCAACUUCACUGUGGCUGUCGACUUCACCGGCUCUAACGGAGAUCCUCGAUCUCCUCAGUCCCUGCAUUACAUCAGCCCUCAGGGCGUUAACGAGUACCUCUCUGCCAUUUGGUCUGUGGGCAACGUCAUUCAGGACUACGAUGCUGAUAAGAUGUUUCCUGCAUUCGGAUUUGGAGCCCAGAUUCCACCGUCCUGGCAGGUUUCCCACGAGUUUCCGCUCAACUUCAACCCAAGCAAUCCGUUUUGUGCAGGUGUUCAAGGGGUGGUGGAGGCCUACAGGGCGUGUCUCCCACAGGUCAAACUUUACGGUCCCACCAACUUUUCCCCAAUCAUCAACCAUGUAGCCUGUUUUGCUAAACAAGCCCUUCAACAGACCACCGCAUCGCAAUACUUCGUCCUGCUCAUCAUCACCGACGGAGUCAUCACCGACAUGGACCAGACGCGCAACGCCAUCGUCAACGCCUCCCGCCUGCCCAUGUCCAUCAUCAUCGUUGGAGUGGGAGCGGCGGACUUCAAGGCCAUGGAGUUCCUGGACGGAGACGAUGGCCGUCUACGUUCCCUGUCCGGCGAGGCCGCCAUGAGGGAUAUCGUCCAGUUUGUCCCCUUCAGGAAUUUCCAGAACGCUCCUCCUGAGGUCUUGGCAAAGAGCGUGUUGGCUGAAAUCCCGGCUCAGCUAGUAGACUUUUUCUCCACCAUGAAGCUAAAUCCACCAAACCCGACAGGGACCAAGUGAUGCCGUAAAGAAACCCGACUGUAGUUAUAAUAAUCCUGUUAUGAUGCAGGAUCUCUGUUUGCUUGUCGAUUAACUAUAUUGCUGCUUUAAAGGAGGUCAGACACUGAUGUUUGACAAACAGUCUGGUUCAGAAGCCUCCGCUACUAAUUGAUGCCAAACGUGCUUUAUUAAGUUGAGGACCAGAUCCUGUGCAGAUGUAGGUACCGGAUCUGCUCAUGGCCCUGCCCCUUCUUGCGACGUCAUCAUAUGCCAACUCCGCUCUGACAAAUGUAUUGAACCCGUUUCUUAAGGAUCUACCGUAAAUUCCGGACUAUAAGCCGCUACUUUUUUCUCGCUGUUUGAAAACUGCGGCCUAUAAUACAGUGCGGCUAAUACAUGUUUUUUUUUCAUGGCGCGAAAAACAGACCAAUAAAAUUGAUGAGUAUUCACAGAGGUCCAAUGAAAAAGUGCGAUACAUAAUUCUCACUUUCACAGUUAUUUACAGUCUUGUAAAUCAGUCAUUUUCGGAAGGCUUCGGUACGCAGGAGGAAGAAGAAAGUGAUUAAUGACUUUUCCUGGUCGGCUGCAAUGUUAAAAGUAUUAAAAGUACCGGUAUAUGCAGCGUUAUUUGCAUGUUACCGACACAUACGUAUAUUUAAAUGUGUUACAGGUAGUUUGAAAAAAAAAAAGCAUUCAUAAUAUGUACCGUAUUUAUUUUUUUAUCAUACGGAUUAAUCAAACGUUAAGAAAAAUGCUCACGUGUAAUACCUUUAUUUGUAAAUAUGUCAUACAACGUGGGAAACCUGCGGCUUAAAAUCCGGUGCGGCUUAUUAAAGUACAAAAUUGAUUUUCUUUCUAAAAUUAGAGCGUGCGGCUUGUAAUCAGGUGCGCUCUAUAGUCCGGAAUUUACGGUAAUCUCUUUUGGAGUUUCAACAUAUUAUUACCUAUAUUUGCUAUUAUUUUACAUUUCGUCUGCGAUCUAAAGAGACUUAGACUUAGACAGUACUUUAUUGAUCCCUUGGGAAGACUCCCUCCGAAAAUUAAGGUUACCAGCAG